GCAGCACUGACGUCCUCCCGUGCGCACCAGUGUGGAUGCAAAACAAUGCGGGACCAACGGCCGAUUGUCUCCUUCGAUGGCUGAUGAAUCGUCCAGAGGACAGACGAGCCCAAACUCCAACCUGACGCACUUCCUGAUUUUAUUCGAGGACGUCUGGAACACAUCAAGCUGAACUAAACCUCUUCUUCCUCCUCCUCUUCCUCGUGGCAGCCCCGAUAAAAAGCCCGGUGCUCCUCAUUUGGUCCCAACUUAAACCUUGUGAAGUUGGACCGAUUACAUUAAAAAUACACAUCCUGGAGGAGCUCAUGACAGCAGCAAACCCGGCUUCCCUUAAAUCAACACAAUGGCCCUUUGAUUUCUUUAUCAUGAUGCGGUGGAGUGGUUGCCGGCGGGCUGGCUGACCUGCCGACGCGCACCGUAGGAUUCUAUUUCUGGAGCCACAUUGCUUUUACAGAUUAAAUGCCCUUCAAUAUGACCCCAAUCUGCCCAUGGCGCAACUAGUUUGACUGAUGCUUGGGCAUAAUCAACACGCACCCAUUAUCGGUGCAGCCAUCUGAAAAACACACUACCAAUCCAACCAUUUUCUUCUGAUCAUUCUGUGCAGGCUCACAAGAAAUCUGGACUCUAUCCCAUCUGACUUCGGGCAUAAGGCUGAUGACAAUGACUCGGAUUACCAUCAUUCCUCUUAUUUCCAAACAGAACAUCUCUUCCAAUUCUCAACAUGAAGGUUUGAUGUGAUGUUUGUACCCCUUGGAUUGAUCACGACUGAAUAACUUGUUUCACAGUGCUAGAGACACAACAAAUUUGAGCAUUUCCAAUCAAGACUGCUCGUCUUGUUAUCCAUUCAUUAACACCCAGAACGUUAUUUUAUGAUCCUUGACGGAAAUGAUCAAUGUGAAAGUCCUAAAAUCACAAACACAGACAACAAACACGGAUGUUGAAAUCACAUAAGAUUAUGUCACUUUACUAAAAGUCCUCAUUUACAAUCCAGAACUCUUUUUCCAACACUGGACUAGAAGGAUUGAUACUUUACAAUCAUGGAAGUUUUAUGAUCAUUCCAUAACUGUCCAUCUUUAACAUUUUCCUAUUUACUGUCAGGAUGGAUUGAUGAGAUAAUCCCACAUCCUGUUUUAGUCAACAGUCACCACUCAGACACCUCAAACAACGAGAUCUUCUGAGUCUUAUUAGCUUUUGGUCAUUCCACAACUGCAUACACAGCAGAACCUUUUAUUUUUUUGGAUUCCUUGAUAGGAAGCAUAUUUGUAUAAAUCCUACACCCUGGACUGGACAGUCAGUCAGUCACAGGACACAAAUCGACAAACAAAUCUGAGCAUCUAAAUCAAGACAGCUCUUUAUCCAUUAGUCAUUCCAAAAGUCUAAUUUACACCAAAAAACUGUUGAUUCUACCCAGAACCCUUUUCUAAUCCUUGACAGGAAGGAUCAAUGAGAAAAUCCUACACCCCAGACUGGUCGCUAAAAACUCUACCUUGAAAUCACUACAGCUUUCUCUAACUGCUGUUUCCACCAAGAACUUUUCCAACCCCCUACAAUCCCAGGCCACAUGUAAAGUGAGUUGUGGGAACUGAGUGACUAGCGAUCCCACACUGGCAAUCCCACACUGAAUGAACCUCUAGACCACCACCAGUGACCUGGGAACAACCAUCAAAAGAUUUUGUUCUGUGAGGAUUGGAUUUUUCCAGGAGUUCCUUAAAGGGCUUUUAAUUUAUUAUCCCUUACCAGAAAGGACAUUUAAACUAGAAAAUCAAACACUUGAAGAUCAGAGGCUUUGGGAUUCUUGAGCCAUAACUUGCAAAGAACGAGGGCUGUAACGUGUUGUCGUCUUCAGCAGAUGAGCUUUUACCAAAAGAGAAAUCAUAGAAUUGGAUUAAAGAUGGAUUAUCACUGAAACACUAGCAUCUGGCAAAUCAUUUAAUCCCAUUGUGCACUCCUCGGGAACGCCAUUACAAUUUUGUAGAUUACAUUCUGUAUGUGGAUGCCAGACAAAGCCAGUGAUGGAGAAACGCGAUGAGCUGGAGCACCCUCUAUUGGGGGAAAGCCCGGAGCCGCCAUCGGGACCAACUCCCGGGGGAGUCUUUAAAGGAAUGUUGGUCAAGUGUGAGGAGGACAUGGCCUACCCUCCUCUGGCAUGGAGGGGCUACUGCGGGCACCCUCCGGAUGUUCAGCAGCCACAUCAGCUUCUGGAUCCGUGUUCCUUGCCUCGCACAUUUGAGUCCUUCUUCCCGGCUGCGCCCAUCUGGAGCCACAACGACUCGCUGCUCGGCAAGGACUACCUGGAGACCACCUUUGUGGACAUAGGGCCCGGAUCCACGCUGGAGCGUAAACUUCUAGCCGAGGCGCACGGUGACUUUUACAGCGCCUCCUACAGCAUGGACGACGAAGAUGACCUGCUCCCUGACUCGGAUGAUUCCUCUAUGGAAGACUUCAGCGAUAGCGACAGCGAGAGCAACUUCCCCCUGAUGAUCCCUCAGGACUACCUGGGCCUCGCCUUCUUCUCCAUGCUCUGCUGCUUCUGGCCCCUGGGCAUUGCCGCCUUCUACCUCUCGCAGAAGACCAACAAAGCUUCGGCUGAGGGGGACCUCCAGGGGGCCAAUGCCGCAUCCCGCCAGGCCCUGUGGCUCUCUGUGCUGUCCAUCAUGUUCGGGAUCGUCACCUACAUAUGCGCCAUCGCCGCUCUCAUUUCCUACUUGUCGGCCAAGCCGCCAUAAACGUUUAUUUAUUUUUCAAAAAAAAUCAAAACAUGGAUUUUGUCCACAUGCCACCAAUGGGUUCUUGUAACAUUAUCACAUUUUAGUUCAUUGCCUCUUCUAUCUUCAACCUUUAGUUAAGACACACCCCCUUAAGCACUGCUGUCAUAACAAAUCAAGACAGAAUGCCAAACUUCAAGCAGCAAGAAGGAGGACCACAAUAUUAAGCAGCGACGCUGUUACUGAAAAGCUGGAUUGCUCUACUGUAGCCACUCAAAAGCAAACGAAAUAGAUCUUAUACAGCCCUGUUAGCUUGGCCUGCCAGCCUCUACCAUUAAAAUCCUUCAGCAGUAACAUGACCAGUGACUGCCAUUUUGUGAAAACAUGGAAUGAGCACGUCAAACACCUCUAAAUUCCCUUGUAAAUAUUCAUUCAUUCUCUGUUGCACUUCUCAUUCGAGUCGCGGGCGUGCUAGAACCUAUUCCGGCUAGCUACAGGCGAGAGACUAUGGUACACCCUGAACUGGUUGCCAACCAAUCACAGCCAUAAAAAAUAGAUGAAUGAAAAAAUAAAUGACUAAAAACACGACCUAUUCUAGUGCCCACGCUGCUCUUCUCACAAAUAAUGUUGCACUAUUUUCUUUGACUUUUUAGGACAAUGGAUGCUGUGAACCGUCAGUGGUUUGAACGCGUCAACUUGGAGAACUCCAUGAAAGUUAGGCCCAUACAAAGUUAUUGGGGCGGUGACUGGUUAGCACAUCUGUCUAACAGUUCUGAGGGCAGUCAUUCAAAUCCCAAAAACAUAAAUGAUAGAUUGAUCGAAGAUUCUAAAUUGCCCGUUGGUAUGAAUGUGAGUUGUUUAUAUAUGCCCUGCAAUUGUCUAGCGACCACUUCAGGGUGUACCCCGCACCUCAGCAGAAGAUAUACAGGUGGAAUAGACUCCGGCACACCUGGGAACCUUGUGAGGAUAAGUGGCUCAGAAAAAGGAUGGAUGGACACAAGUUUAACGAGGGGUAUUCUCAACUGAAAGUUGUCAGCCAAUUAGAGAAGGGGUUGACCAAUGUAGGUGAAAUGAAAGGGUUGAGAAAUUAUCUGGUUAUGUUUUUUUUGGACAAGAUGGGCAAUAUUGCACAAAAAUGUUUUCAAAAACAGGCAAUUUUCUCUAGAUCCUGUCAUCCAAUUUUCAAAAAUGCUCGUGAACUGCCCUAAAGUUAAAGUGGUCAUUCCCACCAGACUUUGCAUUUUGACAGCCUGUCACAACAGGGCCAAACAUGAAAACCUGGAACACAUCAAGUAGCUAGCUUCUUUAUCUUAGCCAGUUAGCUUUCAAUUUACUAUUUGACUCAUUCAAAAAGCAUUAAGGGAUAGGCCUUAUCCAAACAUUGUAACCAAGAGCACAUUAUGUACCUCACCGUACCUUAUCAAUAAAAAGCGAAAAUAAAUAUAGGCUUCACACAAGGCCACCUGAAGCAUGCAACUAGUCUCAUAAAUCUUGCCAGCUCGCUCUCAAUUAAAUUUUUAAAACAUUUAAAAAAAAAAUAAUAAUGUUGCAACCACUAACACAUACAACAACUCUCCUUGUUAGCUUAGCUGGCUCGCGCUCGGUUUACUUCUGUAUCACAAAAAAAAAAAAAAAAAAACAACUCUAGACCACCACAAACUCUGAAACCCGGAGGACAUACAUACAAUAGCUGGCCCCGUUACUUUACCCGUCUCGGCUUGCAUUUAUUUUUACAAUGAUUUAUAAAUCAAAUCUGUUCUCGGCUCAUUGCCCAGUCCGCGUUGGGGGUGUGUGUAGCUAAGCAAAAUGUUCAACUCUAAGCUCGCUUUUUAAUGGAAAUGCGCUUGAUUUGGCCACCUGCAGCUCUCUAAUACCCUUUGGAUUCAUUGGAUCCAUGUAAGCGAACUUAAAAGACGUGUGUGCAGAGAACUAGACCCUGGUGGACCUCGCCAUGAUCUGGUGAAGUUCUGAAACUACACCAUAAAUCUAUUAUUUGAAAGAAUUAAAAGAAAACAUGAGGGAUGAGUAGAAUAAAGUGAGCUAACAUAGCAGAUGGGGGAAAUAAAUGUGACCACAAUAUAGAUUACAGACAAAAUGCUAAUUUGUGGUUGUGAAAUAAGUAUAAAGUACAUUUGAAAUACUAAUGUAAGGAUUCAAUGGGCAAGCCGAUGCGCAAACUACACGUCACCAGACAACAGAGGUGUGGACUCGAGUCACAUGACUUAGACUCAAAUCUUGAAUUUGAUGACUUUACUGUAGACUCGACUUGACAGUAUGUUAAAAGACUUGCAACUCGACUUGGACUUGAACAGAAACGACUCGUGACUUCAUUGGAACUUAAACCUACUGACAUGAAAAGACUUGCUAUUUUGACCAAAGUGCUGAGAAACUAAGACUGUAGAUUUUUUUUUUCUAUAGCUCUAUGUGCAGACUUUAUAGCUUUCUCUUUCCAUAUCUAUAUGUGCAACCGCAGUUUUACUACAGGAAAAUGUGUAACGACUUAAAGCUGUAAGUCUUGAUUAUCAUUUAUGAGGUCAAAGCAUCCCACACCCAAUUUGCUGAUGUGUAGUUACUUUUUACUAGCUUUUAAGAGUUAACACCCCGUUGGGCAUGCUUGGGGAGAGGGAUUAAAAAUAUAUAUAACUCAAAGAAAACAAAGGUAUACAUUCCAAGAACCACUGUAAACAUCUAUCUUUGCUUAAUUGAUCCACUUCUUUAUUGUUUUCACCAUAUGCUUCACACACUUGGGUUUGUGCCUACAGGGUAUAUGUUGGUAUGAAGCGAUCAGUGAUCAGAUGAGCCCAGAGCUGCACAGGGAAAGCAUGCUCUGUGUAAUUUAGCAGUGGUCUAGCAUGUUGUUUUCCCCGGCAACACAAUGUGCUGCUUGUAUUUAGGGAGUUUGAGUUUAGCUUUGUUAAAGUCCCCAAGAAUGAUGAGGAGAAGAAUUUGAGUGCUUUUUCAAAACUCAAAGUGUAGGACUUGGUACUUGACUCGAGAUUGUAUGUUUUGACUUGAGACUGAAUUGGGGCCUUGAGGGCAAAAAUUUGGGACUUGUGACUUGCAAAGCAAUGACUUGGUCUCACCUCUGCCACACAGCCACGAAAGAUCACAAUGGAUGGUAUUUGUGCCUCAAUCAUGUUUACAAGUACAUCACAUCUGCAUAAAUAAAUGAUAUAGAUGUAUUUAACUUUGGCCAAAGACACCAGCCAAAAACAACAACAACAAAAACUCCAACAUUUCAGCAAGUUCGGCUUCAGCCAGUCACAUAUUCAAACCUAGACCGUUAGCGAGGCAUACACAGGAAGCUAGCUUCUGAAUGUCUGGGUAAGCAAAUCGAGAGCACCUUUGUUAGAAACUACAAUAGGCCAACACAAUGCCAGUUUUUAAAUGAUUUAUAUUUUGUUCAUACAACAUUUAUUUCGUGGCCACAAAUGACCAGGUUUUACCUAUAUUGCGUCCACAUUUUUUUUAAAAAAGUGUUUCCAUGUCAGGUCUGGGAUUCCAGACAACAUCAUUGGCUGGAAGAAGAAGCACAUGGAACCCUUCUAAAAGAAUAAUGGUGUAAUUCAAGAAUAAACAUUACAAUUACAUCGACAUGUUAGCUAAGAAUUCUUCUUCAGAUAGCUCGUAUCUCACAUGUAAAAGUUAGUAUCUUCUGCGUUUGAGUUAGCAUCUCGUACAGUGAAUCCUGCUGUUACAAAUUCAUCUAUUCGCAUUUUUAUUAAUGGAAUCUAUCUUAAAAACUCACACAAUCACAGCUAUUGUUGUAUUAUUAUUAUCAUAAUUAUUAUUGCUUUUUUAAACAGUAUAGUAUUAACCUAGUAACCUACACCCACCAUCCAUGAAUCUUUUUUUUUUUCAUGCAACCUAACCUAAGCUAUUUGCUGAAAAACUCACUUACUGGCACGUAUUUGUAUAUUUUGUGCUCUUUCUUUAACGCAACAAGAGCCCACAAAAGCGCUGGCUGAAAGCAAAAUAGUAAUUGGUGUUUUUACAGGUUACGAUGGACCGAUGUUGUGCUAUCGUUUUUAAGUACACAUAGUUUUGCGUUCUCUUUGCCAGGUUCUGUGUAAAAGGCCAAGGAGGACGAGCGUAUAAAAAGAAAAACAUUUUUGUUGUCACUGCUCUCAUUUGGCCGUUUUGCAGUACCUCUGUGCCAAAGCAAUAUCAAAUCCAGUUGGCAAUAUAUUUGCUGAGUUGUGUGUAAAAAGUAAAGGUGGCUAAACAUUGGCUCUUCUCUGAGUUUGCCAUCAUGCAGGGUCUGUGUGUGAAAUUCAUAUUCGAUCAUUGGGAGAACCUCGCCUCUGCUGGGUUCUGCGUAAGACAUAGGCAUAAAAAUGUGGUGUCUUCUGUCAUGACUGAUGUUAAUUUUGCAGGACCUCUUUGUUAAACGGGCUUUUAUCUCAGGUAAAACGCUAUCCCAUUGGCACAAGUGAUCCCGACAAGUUACUAUCAAGCCUGUUAACACAUUUCACUUGCACACAAGAUGCUAACUUGUGUGCUCAGGUUAAAAGAUAUGAUCACCUUUCAGGACCUAUUGGAUUGAAUUUCAAGAUUUCCACAGUGCAGCGUUUGAGAACAUACGAGAGCCAUGACAGAUUGACGCUGUUAAGAAAAGUGCCAAAAAGGGUGAAAAGAAGUUGCUACAGUGAGUACAUUGAGGUUGCAAAUUCAGAGUGCUUAAAUAUUCCUUUGGGAAUUCCAGAGAGACAAAAAGAUGUCCAGCAUGACUCCCUCACCUGACUUGGCUUGAGCUUCAGCGUGCCAUUAAUAUAAGCCACUGACUAUUUUAAGAGAAAGCUCUACAUUUUCUGUGUCAAUGUAGUUUUUAUAUCCUAGAGUGCACCGAUGAUUAUCAAAUGUAACUAAUAACAAUAACUGCGUGUGAACAGUACACAAAGAUGGCUCAUGAUGCUACAUCAGCUUCCAACCUUCCAGCAAUACACCUCCACCACCUUCUUAGUCUGAGUGACUCCUCCUGGACUGCUCACUUCCUGUCACAUGACACAUGGAUUUCCUCUCUGGGCAAAUGUUCUUCUUACAAAUGUAAAUAAAGUGGAAGGAAAACCAAUGAAUCCCAAUAAAUUAA